UAGAAGUACCAGCACAAACAUAGACAUGCACACUCAGACACCUUGCCAUCUGUUGACACACUGCUGUUCAAAAAUAGCCCUCUACCAGAAGCCUCUCUGAGUGGCCGACAGAUAGGCACAGACGGCUCUUGUCAUGACUCCGCAAGUUGUUUUGACUCUACAAUGACCACGUGUUGGUCAGAAACCACCGCAGGAACGUUGGUUUAGACAACUUUUCGGGACUGUUUGAGUUGGUGGAAACUAAUCUAAAAAUGGAGCCGUUUCCCGACCAGUUCAUGGAAUUCCAUCCCAUCCACGGUACCAACGUCAGACUGGACCAGUCGGAAACACAGGCCACCCGGGUGGAGAGCUUUGCCAACGGGGUGUGUUUCAGCAAAAACCCUCUGAAGCCCGGUGAGAUUUUCCUGAUAGAGAUUGAGGACAAGGAGCUCGGCUGGUGCGGCCACCUCCGGGUCGGCCUGACCGCCAGGGAUCCCAUGAGCUUCGAGGCGGUACCUGAAUACUCCAUCCCAGACCUGACAGACCUGGGAGACAGCUGGGUCUUUGCCAUCACUCGCAACCACAACAAGAUCAUAGAGGAUCCUGGGGUCCAAGAGGCGGAUGAGGGAGGACUGGCCGGGGGUCAGAGGCUAGGGCGGGGAGGGGCUGAGGUUGGUGCAGGAGCGCAAGAAAAUGCAGGCAGAGGAGGCAACAGUAUGAAUCCAAAGACUUUCUUCACUGACUCUCACUUGUGCAUUGAAAAUGUUCACAUCCCCAGAGACAAGCUGGUCGGUAGAAGCCGCCCCGGACGCUUCAGCCACAUUUUGGAUGACUUGUACAAGACCAACGCACUCCCUCCCACAGCCAGACGUAGCAGAAUAGGAGUACUGUAUGUGCCUAAAGGAGGGGACCUGGCCGACAUGCAUAUCAUCAUCAACGGUGAGGACAUGGGAGCUUCUGCGAAGGGGAUCCCCACCAUCCAGCCUCUCUUCGCGGUGGUGGACGUCUUUGCUGCAACUAAGUGUGUCCAAAUUGUGCAGGUGGAGUACGGAUUCUCGUCCUUGCAGACGUUGUGUAGGAAAGCCAUCCAGAAGCACAUCGUGCACAGGAUGGCCCUCGACUGGCUUGAGCUGCCGGAGGCACUAAAGCACUACUGCAAGUAUGAAUGAAGGAUGAAGACCUGGAAUGGACAGAAGUAUCGCUUCUGAACUACCUCCCGGUUCCUACCAAGACAAGGCCAUUUAUUUGCAACAUGAAACUGUGUUUCAUUCAAGAAAUAAACCUGAAAGUUUUCUGAUGUU